UGCCAUUGAACCCGACGUAGUUGUUAGCCUAGGUGACCGUAGUCCAAAUAAUCGAAGUUUAGUAUGUAUGAUGAGGCAGUUUACUUGAAUUCAGUAUAGUUCAUGAUGGGCUAGGCAAUUUGAGGGUUUACUUAGGGUUUAGAGGACAGAGGCACAUAGCCUUGCCAAUGAGAAAGGCUGCUUUUGUUCUUCGUCGAAAUGGUAAGUUGCUUCCUGGUUACCUCUGUUUCCCGGUUUUCUUGUUUCAAAAUAAUAUUCUUGCUGCUUUUAUAAAUCCUCAAAUUCAAUUUCCCUCUCGAAAAUUAAUUCUUAACGAAAGCUGUGAGCUGAAAGAUUCGUUGCUUCCGUUUAAUCGGAUAGUUGAGACUCCAUCUAUUGCCCCUAUUGAUCAAUCUAAUCAUAUUCAUGCCAAUCGUAACAUUUCUCAAGCAAUUUUAGGGUUUCAAGCUGAUGUAGUAACUCUCCGGAUGAUAAACAGGCUCUGCAUGUCAGGCGACGCCCGACCUGCUCUUCCUACACACAGGGAGAUGGAAAAAAGCAAACCCUGUAAUCCAAGUACAACCCAUUACAAUAACAUCAUCAAUGGGCUUUGUAAAAGCAGACGUGUUACUGAAGCCGUGGAUAUCUAUUUCGAAAUGAGAGAUAAAGGUAUUCAACCGGAUAUUGUCACAUUCAAUUGUUUAAUUCAAGGUUUAUGCAAUUUAGGUUUAAGGGAAGAGGCACAAGGUUUCUUCGAUGAAAUGGUAACUCAAAGCAUCUCACCAAAUGUGGUGACCUUUAACAUUUUAGCUCAUUCAUUCUGUAAAGAUGGCAAGAUUGAGGAAGCACAUAAUACGCUCAAUCACAUGAUAUCAUAUCAGUGUGUCCCUGAUGUUAUCAGCUAUAACAUCUUAAUUAACUGUUACUGCAAGAGCAAAAAGAUAGAUCAAGCCUUGAGCCUCUUCAUGGAAAUGUCUGAAAAGAGAAUAGUUCCUGAUAUUAUAACCUACACCACUCUCAUUACUGGUUUGUGUCAAGUUGGUAGACUUGAGGAUGCACUUGUACGUUUUGAUGAAAUACAAGAUUCUGGUCUGGUUCCAGAUGUUGUUACUUACUCAAUUCUGUUAAACUUUUUGUUUAAAAAUGGCAAAUUUAAUGAGGCAAUCGUGUUUGAAAGAGCUAUGGAAGAGGUUAGAGUUGCCCCUAAUAUUACUCUAUACAAUAUCCUCAUUGAUGGUAUGUGCAAAGCCGGAAAAAUUGAUGUUGGUGAGGAACUUUUUAGGAAACUCCCUGCUUUUGGGUUUCAGCCUGGUUUUUAUACAUAUAAUAUCCUGAUUAAUGCAUACUGCAAGAGCAAAAUGAUAGGUGAAGCUUUGAGUCUGAAGAAUGAAAUGUCUGAAAAGGAAGUUACUCCAACUAUAGUGACCUACAACACUCUCAUCAAUGGCUUGUGUCAUGUUGGGAGACUCAAGGAUGCACUAAUUCUUUUUGAUGACAUCAAACAUCAUAACCUAGUUCCAAAUAUUGUUACUUAUUCUACUCUGAUAGAUUCUUUAUUUAAAAAUGAGAAGUUUGACAAGGCCAUUGAACUAUACAAAAUAAUGAAAGAUGAUGGAUUGGCUCCUAACAUUGUUCUCUAUAACAUUCUCAUUGAUGGAAUGUGCAAAGCUGGGAAAGUUGAUGAGGGUGAGGGGCUUUUUCGGGAUCUUUCUUCAAGAGGCUUGCAGCCUAAUAUUCGUACUUAUAAUAUUUUGAUGAAUGGAUUAUUUAAGAAUGGGAAACUCAAGGAUGCAUAUCAGUUGUUGCAAGAAAUGAUGAUUGAAGGAUGCAUGCCAGAUGGUUUUACUUUUAAUAUAAUAAUUCAGGGGUAUAUUCAAUGGAAUGAGACGAGAAUGGCUGUUCAAUUUGUGAGAAGAAUGGUUGAUGCUGGUUUUUCUGCAGAUGCAAACACAUCAACAAACCUAGUCGACUUGUUGAACAAAAGAAACUUGGAUAAUGCAUCAAAGGAGGUGCUUAAAAAGUUUUUUCGACUUACAUCGACAAAUAAAGUAAAUUAAAACUUUGUAUAAAUGACCUACAUGCAGAAAAAAAUGGUGUAAGCAGAAAUGGUUUAUGGCCUUAUGAAAGAAGAGAUCUUGUUGGGAAGCUGUUUUCAUGUCUUCCAUGGAGACACAAGGCUAAGGAAGACCAAGCACAGCUGUAUGGCUUGCUGUUAAUCAAGAAAGAAAGAUUUUUUCCAAGAUUGUCUAGAUGCCACAUUUCAUGAAAACUCAUCUGACCAGGUGGAAGGAAGAUCUUUCUAGUAGAAUGGGAAUUGAUGCUUGUGAAGCUUAAUGUCAAUCAAACCACAAGAUCUGAGUAAUAGUGUGAUAGCUUCUCAAUGAAUCAAGUUCUUGACGCCCAUUGAGGGUGAUAUAUGGAGAAGAUUAAUGCAGUCAACUCCUGGAGUUUUCAACCUAGUGAACGGGAGUUAUGUCCAGAAGGUGUUACAACAUCCAAGUUUUUUCACAUGAUUUAUUGAGGAUCCUCUCUUCCCCACUAAUAAACCUAAAGCUUCUUCAUGUUGUAUUUGUAUGUUGUAAUGCUUAGUUGAUCUCAAUGCAUUAUACCCAAAAUUCCUUCCUUUGAAAAUUACAAAGGAAAACCUUACCUAAAGACUUUUACCA